AUGAAUUCGACAAAUAUAUGUCCAGAUGUAGUUCCAAAAUAUUAUACAGUAACUCUAACUCUAAUGACAAUUAUAUCAUUUCCAAUUAAUUCAACUGGUGUUUGGCUUGUUUGGUUCCAUUCUCCACAAAUGGGAAAAUUCAAAUAUUGUUUGAUGUAUUUACAGGUAACAUUGAAAAAUCAACUUUGUCUAAAAAUCCCAUCCAACUUAAAAUAAUAAUGUUUCGUUGUAAGGUUAUUACUUUUAUGACGGAAAAUUGGUCCUCUUACAUUUCUCCCGGAUAUUAUUUUUUCCCAAUGCUCGCAGGUUUUAAUCUUUCAUACCUGGGUGAAUUGAUGACCGGUCACACCACAAUGGUUAUUUGGGUUUUCAUUUUUUGUUUCGAACUUCCUUCAUUAUUUAUUUGUUUUAUGUAUCGACAUGAUGCUGCAAUUGGAAUUAAUAAUUCAAAAAAUACCUUGAAAUAUUUGAACUACUUUACUUUAUUUGUUGCUCAUUUAUUGCCACCAUUUACUGCAACUACAUUACAAUUGUCAUUAUUAACAUACGAUCAGAAAUACAAUCUAUUGAAAACGGUAUGCUAUUACUCAUGAAAUCGCAAGCGUACUACGCCGCAUUUAGGUGUAGCACGCUUGCGAUUUCCCGAGAAUUAAAAUAAAAAAGUGGGAAAUUGUCAAUUCAGAAAUAUCCGCAAUGUUUACAUUUUGCUGAUAAUCGUUUGUUUGAAAUUUACGAUUGGAACAUAAAUUCAUGGAUUGCAAUUUGUGGCAUUGGAUCAUUUAGCCUAGUAUUGAUUGUAGUUUCAUACGGUUUUGGUCUGGUUAUUCACACAAUGCAUAUUCUACAUAAAUUACGCGUUCAUAUGUCAGCUGAAACUUUUAAAAUGCAUAAAAGUGCAUUAAUCAGUUUAUCAAUGCAAUGUGUUAUUCCAUCACUUUUUCUUAUUGUUCCAAUGUAUACUCUCCUUGUAAUAGUUGCUUACCAGAUCAACGAUUUACAUGGUAUGGUGUGACUUCUCAACUCCUUCAUUAUGAAAAUGAAAUUUCAGAGUAUUCAAAUUGUGCAUUUUUUGGAAUCUGUUCCCAUUCUUGUAUUUCAACAAUUGUCAUGAUAACAACAAAUUCAAAAUAUUUAACAACACUAAGAAACAAGCUAAAACCAGGAACAAUUUUCCAAAAAGUUCCAAUUCAAAAAAGAUCAAAUUCGAUAUCAGUCAGUAUGCCAAGAACAAUGAGUAUUGUGCAAGCUUGA